CUGACCUACAAUACAAUACCAGAGACCAAAAGGUUUUCCUUUAUUUAGUUCUUAACAAUAACAAAUACUGAACAAUAAAUAAAACAUUUGUAUUGAUGAUGAUAAUUGACAAUUUAGAAGAAAUGAAACACAUGUAUUUAUUCAAACUGGUUGCUUAAUUACAUGCCCAUUACUAAUUGGCUAACGUUAAUCCAUGAUGUCUUGUACAGAUGUGAAUUUGCUGUGUUUCAACCAUUUACAUUUCAACAGCAGCAUAUUCUGCAUUCAUUAUAAUCUAGUCAUGUCAUAGGCACAUUUUCAUAAUAUCGGAAAAAUACUGUACAGAAGUGGCGGUCGAUGGAGAGAGACAAACCUUUUGUUUUGAGCCAUUAAUUACACAUAUGAUGUUUGUCAAUUUAAAAGUAAUUUCCCAAGUCAAGAAAGUCCUAAUUUGUCGUAAAAUAAAUAAAAUAUCAUCCAGUUUUGUGUUAAGUUACUCAGUGAACUACAUUGUCUUGCUCAACAUGUGUCAUCAACACCAACAUGGCUGCCAAAUCGGCACAGAAAAGGUACUGAAAAAGAUGUCAAUCACAAUAAAUCAGUCCAUAUCGACAACUGCAAUUAGUGUUGUCAGUUUUGUGAGCAAGCUAAUAUACAGGACCAGAUGUACUAUGUUUAAGUUAUGGGUUUUGGUGACUGUUUGAUAAGAGAAUUUCACUAACGCAACUGUAUUUUCACAGUCUUAUAUUUCAUUAUUUCAUAUAUUUCAUUAGUUAGUUUCAUUUUCUGUUAGCUUUUAGCUAGUUCCAUAUAUGAUCUUUCACCUCUUCUUUUUUGAUCAGUUAUGUAUACUUGUAAGUCAUAAUAUAUAGGUCAGAUAGUUAAAUAAAAAUGUAAAUGAUAAAGGCUAACUAUAGUCACAUUUUUUGAGUUAGAAAAGACAUUAGCAACAGUUGGGUCUUCAGAGUAAUUCCUGUGGCCUACUUGUACGGCUAGCUGCAAGCAGCAGCUAAAUAUUUUUCGGUGUCCAGAAUCACCUGGAGUUCCAACCGUAAAACAUAAUCUUUGACUUGUUCGUGCAGUCUUGUUGUAUGAUCUGAAUGCUACAGCCACUAUACAGUGGAAACUAGUCUGUGAAAGUUCACCCAGCCCUGAUUGAUGUAGUCUCUGUAAAAAAGUGUUGAGGAAGCAGGUGUUCAAUGUGAUGAUAGUAUUCUGUAUCUGCGGCAAUUCAUAUUUCCUGUUGUUGUAUCUGGUAAUUCUAUAUACUAUGCCACAUGACAAUGUUGCCUACAUUUGAUUGUGUCACAUAUCUGACAACUAAUAAAGCAGAGAGUUCAAAGGUUGGGUGCAUUCUGGUCGACCACAGUAACAACAGUUGUUUAGAGUCUACCAUAACUCACGUGCAAGGACAUUUCAAAAAGUCAGUUCAGCAUCACACAAAAAUCUGUGUAUUUUUAUGUAAUUAUGGACUCCCUUUUUGGGCCAGGUAGUGUUUGAAAAUACUAAAACCCUGGCUGUUUGUGAGAUCCUUUAGGUUCUAUCAACAUAUGGAAUUAAAAGAUUGAUUUGCAUGUCAAUAAAACCGCAGUUUGUCCUGAAGAUGGUAAAAUAUCAUUCGUACAUAAACGUGGCCAUCAACUUGGCACCUAGAGGUAUUAAAAAAAAGGUGAAAAUCACAUCAAGUCUGGCUAGCAUCAGUCAGUAUUGUUGAGCUACCUAUAGCAUAUGGGACUGGCUCCACAAAGUUUCAUUUCUGGGCUUUGAUGAUCGUUAAACAAGACAAGAUCACGUUAUGCAACAGUUACCAUUUCUUAAUACACAUCCAGUGUAGGGAGGACAUUUUCCCUGCUUUAUUGACACGGCAGCUUGAGAAUAACAGGAAAGAGAGGGGGGAUGACAUGCAGCAAAGGGCCACAGGUCGAACUUGAUCUGCAGGCUGCUGCAGCGAGGACGCCUCAUACGUCAACCAACUGAGCGACUGGGGUGCAACCACUGUUUUUUAAGACACAUAAGCCAGCGCUUUAUAAUCAAUUAAUAGGACAUCUAAUGAUGUCUUUUAUGCUGUUGUAACCGCAAACCUAAACCCAUAAAAAAAAUUAAACCACUGACUUCCAGAAAAGGGAGCCCAUCCAACCAUCCAUCGAUCCAUCCAGAAAAGGGAGCCGGAUGUGCAAAAAUGCUACCUAAUUACUGAUUUUGGACUCAUUACUAUGGCACUCUAUAUCAGCUAAACUAUUGCUCGGGCUCAUUUCUCGACAAUAACUCAAAGGCAGAACGGUUGUCAAUCCACAAUCAAUCAGAAAAUACUUGUUUAUUCUUCACCUCAGACAACAAUAACAGCCAAAAACAGGAUUUGGGCCCAAAGCUCGGUGCUGCUGCGAUGUGGAGAGAGUUGGCAAAAAUUAUACGAAUGUGCUAAAAAAAAAAUGUUAUGAGCUGUAAACUAGAUCCUAACUUCCUUUACACUAAACUACACUGCACUCCUGUGUAUUGUAGAAUCGGGCUGUGAUACACAGGUUUUUGUUUUUUUUUUUCUGUGGCGGUUCGCUUACAUCUAGCAAUCAUUAAUUUUUCACAGGCAGCAGGAAAACAGAGAGGACACACGCAGGAGAAGUGAACCGCAGGCGCAACAAGCCCCGUCGAGGCUUCUAGCUGCCUCACCACCACCACCACAGUUUGGUGUAGACUUCCAAGAUGGAUGCUCUCGCCUCGAUAGGUUUCUGUUUCUUUUUCGCCUCGGACUACACAUGUGGCUAUGGUGCCUACCUGAGGAUGGACAGUCUGUCUUAAAUAACCGGGUUUAAUAACCGUGAGGCGACAAAAAACGGAUUUAAGUGGUUAUUUUCGCCUCUACGCCAUUGGACGGUCGGAUAUUUGUUAACUUCCUGGUUGUCGCAUGAAUAUGUUUGUCGAAACUGCGGCGAAAUAUCAAGUUACGCUGAAGGGUUUCGCUGGACACUGGACACAUUAUACACUUUAUAAAUCUGUCGUGAUGUUUAAAACGAGAGGCGACUGUUUUCAACGAAGGGCGAUGGGAGAACGGCAGAUUUCGUAAGAGUUCAGCAAUGGAAAGUGGAAAUGGUGGUGCAUCGAGUAAAGGUGUGUUGGUAGCCGUGUCAGCAGGUUCUGACGCCUUUCAAAACAACAUUUUGGCUCCGCUGAGAAGUGCGUACUUGUACGAAGAGUCCAAACAGUCCUUCAGAUACAAGUCCGCUUUCUUAAUAAAAAAUCCGGAACUGGAAGAAAAGUAUAAUGCUUUCCGUGAGAAAAGAAAGGAAGAAGGCUAUUCAGAAGAGGAUCUAAAGGAAUCCUAUGGGUUUUUGCUGUUUGACGAUGUCAACAAGGCUCAUGCACUUGGAGAAACUGGUGUGCUCACUGGGAACAGCACAUGCACAACUCUGGGAGAUCCAUCAAAGGGUAGUUACAUAUCAAUGUACUCUGACUGUCUGGAUCUAAAUCGCUGGUAUCAUGGCAAAUCUGGAUACAUUGCCAUCAUAAGGCUGACAAAGGGUAAAGUUAAAAAGGUUUUAGAGAACUACACCCAGAAUUUCACUGCGCCAACUGAGAGGUUUGACUGCCAUGUGUCAGAACAGCUGCCCUCUGUAUCGGCCAACACCAGCUCCUUUCUUGCCUUCGAGAGGACCCAGUAUUACAUUUAUGAGCUGCUAAAUGAUGGAAGCAAUGAGACAGUAAAAUCUCCCAGUGCUGCCUGCCCUUUUGCCAUUGUAUCAUUUUCAUACACGGAUACCAAAGCAACACUUGUAGCACCAGAGGAGAAAAGUGAGGAGAUAAAACAAGUUUUUCAUUUCUAUCCGUGGAGGGGUCAGCUUCAAAUAGGUACCAAUUUCUAUGAUGUUGGCUUGAGGUCUACAGCAAGGGCCUUGAUCCCUGCCGAACUGCCACCAUUGGUGAAAAUUGACAGAGUCAUUUCCAUGUUGCAUCUGAGACAGCUUUUGCCAAGGGCUGUCUUUGAAACCUGCUUCUCUGGUGAAGUCUUUCUGGAUGGCUUAUACUGCAGUCUGUGUGAGUUGGUGUCUACUGAGACGGAGGAAACAAGCUCAGUCUCUCUGCUUCUGAGUGAGAUCAAGGAGAAAGAUAUUGCUCUCACUGUUCCACUGAGUGAUGGUGGUUUUCUUUUUCUGCUGCACUCCUCCCACUUCCUCACAUAUGAUGAUACUGGGUCCAGUGCAAUUGAGGUCCUGCAAGGCAUAUUUGUGUUUCCAGAUUCACGAGUUAUACAAAAAGACACAAAAUUUGGACAGCGAAAGCCUGCCGUGUCAUCGGAAAUCCUGCGUGUUUUGCCUGUGCUAAGUUAUGCUGAGGGCGAAGUUGAGAAAACAACCAUUGACCCCAAUGAAGAACUGUGUGAAGUAUUUGCCCAGCAUAUGCAGAGCUACGCAGCACUAAUAAACCCUGGGUUGACACUGAGUCCUUCAAGGGAUAUCAGCAUCUUUCCAGAUCAGUAUGAUGUGCCAGACGCCCAUAAGCACCUUUACAAAUCCCCGGAGUGGACUAACAGGGCGUGGCAGAACUUCAAGUCAUACUUGAGCAAACCCGUCUCUUUUCAACUACCAGUAUCCAAGGCUUCAGAAAUCCUGGCGGCUGGACAGGAGGAGCGAAUGGAAGACCUUGAUGAUGAUAUCUACUUUUGUCUGUCGUCUCCUGAGGAGACACCAGUCAGUCAGGCCAACAUGGGAUCAGAGGACCAACAGACAUGCCAGAAAUCUGUUGUAAAUGAUAAGAAAUCUGUGGACAGUUUUAUAAUAAGUGCUAAAGACCAAGUUGACUUAACAACUGUGCCUCAAAGUGAGUGUUUGCAACCUGGAGAUGCUACCAAAGACACUGAAAGAUCAGAUCUGACAUUUCUAAUCAGAACUGAUGAUAAGGGGACAAAAAGUGUGGUAGCUCGCUCUACAUCAGAUGAACUUCCUGCAGAGCUGAUUGUCAGCAUCACUUCGGCAGAGCGAACUGUCACUGAUGCGAGUUUAAACACGACUACUGCUGAAUCUGCAACAAAGCAUAAUGACUUACAGCAUUCUGGUUUUUCAAAAGCCAAAGUACAAACGGAAGAAGUGAACUCCCUGAAUGAUGAGAAUGUCAAAACCAAGAAGGUUUCUGAAUGCCCUGACCCCACCAAUCACCAAACAAAACAUAGGAAAUACCGCAGGGACAACUUGAAGAGUCAGAAAGAAGAAUCAUCAACCUGCCCAGAGUUGAGAAAGUCUUCAAAUAUUGAUUGGAGAAAAGGGCGAAAGCGAAAGCGCAUAUUUGGAACACUAUCGUCAAAACACAGAAAGCUGAGAUCUGCAGCUCUUGCUCAAGCAGUGGCAGAGGAGAAAAAAUCUGAAAAUGGACAGGAGAACUUUGAAAGUACCAUUUUAAUGGAACUUGAAGCUUUACCUCUGAGAAAGAAAACUGAGCGCUGGGACUUAAAACCAGUUAUCAGUGAAUGUGGAAGAAUCUUGGUUCCUCAUGGCUCAGUAGACUUUGUUGAUCAGAUUAAGACUUUAAAUGGUAGGCUUCAGUCUACAAAAGAUGAAGCAUGCCAUGAAAAAAUGAUGGUUGAUGGCUCUCCAAAGGCUCAUGACACAGUUGAGAUGGAACAAGUGUCAAGCACUGUUAAAGAGAUGGCAAUGGAUAAAACAGGGGACACAACAUCUAAGGAUGGAGGAAACCAUCUUCAAAACGUUGACAGUGGCAAUGGUUCAUUAACUUUGAAUCCAAAAAGUAGUGAACAUUCUUCAAAGAAUCAUUGCACAGACACUCCACCCUUAAAAACAGUUCAAGAAAAACACACUGAUUCCCCCUCUGCAGGAAAGUGUGCAACCAAGAGUGAAUUUCUGUUGAAAAAACUGAAAUCAGUUCUUCUAAGGGGAAAGAGAAAAAUUGGAAUCAUUGUGUCACAGGACAACACUGCAGAUACCACCCAGGACACUCAACCUUGUCUCAAGAAGGGCAAAGUUGAGUCGGAAUCUGGGAUGCUGAAGAAUAAUGAUGCAACUGCCAGUGCUGAGGACACCAAUUUGGAUGUCAAGGAAGUUUCAAAGAUGCUUUCAGUUGACCCUCUUUUUGCAUAUGCCCUAGGCUUGACCCCUAAAAAUAAGACAAAGAUAGAAGAUAAGCAGAUAAUAGCUGAGGGUCAGGAUACUCAUGAAAGGAAAGACUUGUUGGAGACACAAGAAGAUACCAUUUUGGACAAACAACCUCAAAUCAUACAAAGGCCUUUAUCCAUUUUUCCAAGAAGGGGUCGGAUUAAAACACUCAAAAAGCAUCAAGGCAUCUCUGAAGAACAUGUCAAAAAGAAAUGGUGGUUGCAUUUUCAAACCCCAGCUUGUUUUGGCAGUGAAAAACAAACAAACAAAGAGUGUGCUAGGGAUAAUUCUGUCAGUAAGACUGUUAAGGAAAAAAGUAACAGUACUUGCUCGUCUACAGCAGCUUUGACCUUACUUGCUGACUUGGCACUCAGUGCCAAUAAUGACCAGGUUCCAUCACAACCAGACCCAGCACUUGAGAGAAAACCUGAGACAAGUUUGAAGAAGGGUGACCUUACAAAAGAUGUUACCAGUGGUGAACAAGAGUCAGUUCUUCAUGCUCUGCUUAGACAGCCUGCAGCUAGACCCAUGCAGCCUCUUGAAUCUCCUUCACCAAGCCAUUUUGUGGGAGGCAGUGAAUUGGUUGGUUUGAUUUCUAAAGAACAUGAUUACUCAUUGCCCCCGUCUUCCUCUCUACUGUUGGAUUUGUCAGGUUCACCUUUCCAGGUAUCUCCUUUAAGUGGUUCUACAAGACUGCUGCACCGUCACCAAACAAUGUAUGGCGAUGGAAUUAAAACACUACACUACUCUGUUGAUAAGGAAGACAGAAGUGAAAACAACCACAGGACUCCAGAAUACCUGACAAAACAGAUGGCACGCAGAAGAAAGUUCAGGCAGUCGCGUACCUUUGUCGUCAAAGAUGAUUCUCUACAAAUCACAAAGCAAUGGAAAGCAAACUAUAAUUUUAAUCUAGACAGCAGGUUUACGAAUGACACAAAGGAAAGAGCUAUCGUUCGUGCUAUACAUGGCCCAUGGGAUUUGUCCAUCCAAGACACCAAUGAAGAGGUUCGGCUUAUCGUCCACAUGUGGAUAGGUCUGUUCUACAGCAGGUCAACAGCCAGGUUCUUUCAUUUUGACUCAAACUGUUCAACCCCAUGUCCAGAAGAAAAUGAUUCUUUGGAAGUGUCCAGUGGAAUGGUGUCAGGCCCAGCUCAGUGUGAGGUCAAAGCCAAGUCAUUGGAUCCUUGCCCGGUUGCAACAGAUAGUUCAGAGACUUUGAUUUCAAAAGCUUUGGACCUCAGCAAAAAAGAUAACGCUCUCUUGGACCAAGGAUCUGUAAUUUUGGACUUGUCAUUAAGAAACUCCAAUGUAGAGACUGUCACUUCAAACCUGCAAGCCAACAAAAAGAAUACCUCUUUGUCCGCUGAAAAGAAAGAAGCUGGUGCAACAUUGAACACACUCGAGUCAUCCGUGGGACUACAGAGUUCUUGCAGAAACAGUGUACACUCCACAAAUACUACCAGUGAGGUGAAUGAUGUCAGAAGGACCUAUGAAAGCAAAACGACAUCUACCACAUUGCAAAAAGCUGUCUGCCUGGAGUACUCGGAUGUACCAUCUUCUAAAGGUGGUGGAACAUUGAUUUCCAUACAGGACAAGACGGCAAGUGUAUCCACUCAGCUUGAAGAUCAUAAGACUGAUUCAAGACUUGGCCUUUUGUUACAUCGAUUCAACAAUGAGAAGACAGAUAUGAAAGAGGACAUUGGCAAGUCUUGUGCUACAGAGAUGAGUUUUCUGCAGAAACAGAAAUCGUCAAGAUCUCUGACAGACAAAGAGAUGGAUUUGAACAAAAAAGCUGGAGAUGCAGGUGCUACAAUUGAGCGUGAUGACAUUGAAUCCAAAGAUGGGGAAAACUUGCAAGUGAAAGAAAAGCCACACCAAGAGAGCAGUAAAGAAAGUUUUGCAAAAAUGAUUCACACAGGUGAUGAUUCGACAGAAGAAGAAUCGGGUACUGUCUGCAAUGCAAGUCUUACUGAAAAUGAGAAGCAGUCUUCAAGGGAGGAACCUGAAGCAGUCUUAGCAGGCAAUGCUGAAAAUGUUGAUAAAGAUGAGGCUUGUCAUGCAGUAUGUGAAGUUAAAGUGACUGAAGACGAUCACUUUGGGAAAGAAGAUGGACUUGAUGCGAAAGACAAUCACUUUUCAGAUGUAGAAGCUGACAGUGAUGUGAAUGAUCAGCCAUCUCCUAUGAUGUGUGAUGGCCCAGACUCAGUAAAGGAGAAUUGCAUCUCAGAGUGUAAUGGCCAAACAUCAUUUGAUGAGCAACCACCUCAACCAGACAGCCAAGGAGAAGCCUGCCAUGAUUUGGAGUUAAGGAAGCUGUGUCCAAAUGGCAGUGCAUUGGCAGAUGAACAUGCCAUUUCAGACAAAGCUCCUCAAGCAACAUCAGAAAUGGAGCUGAUUGACGAUGAGCCUGCAGUUGAGGAAAAUUUGGAAAAAGGUGUCUGUCUGGUAGAUUUGAGAGAUGAUACAUUACCAAUGGUGUCUGAUGGCCCAGACUUGGUCAAAGACUGUAUCACAGCAUAUAAUGGCCAAACACCAUUGGAUGAGGAAUCAUCUCAAGCAAAAAGCAAAGACGAUGCCUGCAAUGGUUCUGAGUUAGGAAAGGUAUGUGCAAAUGGCAGUGCAUUGACAGAUGAAUAUGCCAUUUUAGAAAAAGCUCCUCGUACUCCAUCAGACAUGGAGCCUGUUGAUAAUGGAUCUGCAGUUGAGGAGAAUACAGAAAGUGGUACUUGUUUGGCAGAUUUGAGUGAUAAGCCAAUGUCAACACUUGAUGGCCCAGACUCAGUGAAGGAUUUUGCCCCACCGUGUACUGGCCAAGCUCCACUGAAUGAGCAACCACUUCAGACAGACAACAAAGAAGAUACCUGCCCCAGUUUACAGUUAAGAAAACUGUGUGCAAAUGACGGUGUGUUCACAGAUGAACUGCCCAUUUCAGAAAAAGCUCCUCAUACUCAAUCAGACAUGGAGCCUAUUGAUAAUGAAACUGCAGUUGAUGAGAAUUCUGAAAAUUGUAUUUCUUUGGGAGUUUUAAGUGAUCAGCCAAUACCUAUGAUAUGUGAUGGCACGGACUCAGUAAAAAAGGAUUGUAUCACAGAGUGUCAUCAGCAGGCACCUUUGGAUGUGCAACCAUGUAAAGCAGAGAACAAAGGAGAUACCUGCCAUGAUUUACAGUUGAGAAAUGUGUGUGCAGAUGACAGUGCAUUAAGAGAUGAACAUGCCAUUUCAGAAAAGGCUCCUCAUCCUUCAUCAGAAAUGGAGCCUAUUAAAAAUGAACUUGUAGCCAAGUCAAAUUCUGAAAAUAAUACUUCUUCGGCAGAUGAAGCACAUUUUCAGAAAUCAGAAUUGCCCAGAUCUGAUGAGAGCACCCACUCAUUGGUUGGGUCUUCUGCUGGUGGGUCAGCUUCCAAGAAAAAUGACACUGUUUCAACAGCAAGCCAAAAAAAAGCAAUGGCAACCUUCAGUGGGAGUUUUCAUGAUCUUGAAGAUCAGGAUACCAAAUCAGAUGAGGAAGAGCUAAAUGCUGAAAACAGUCAGUCUUGUUCACCUCAGUGUGUCACUGUAACAGAGUGUGAAACCGAGGGGGCAUUGAAUAAAGAAAUAAAUCUCAAAAUUGAUGAAACAAGCAAAGGAUUGGAAAAGAUAGAUGGUCGGAUUGUAAUUCCAUUUAUUGGAAUAGAUAUCUCUGGAGAAGAUGUAGUGCAAUCAGACGACUCUCACUCCGAGGACAAUGUCGAGGAAGAACAAGGCGAGAACAAAAUAUCCUUUAUCCGUGAAAAUACUUACCCUGAAACUGUCCCACCCAAAGAGGUAUGCAGUACAUCUCAGGUUUUCAGUAAAAAGGGAGAACUCUCUGCUGGCAAAAAAUCAAUUUUUGAUGAAAGGGAAACCAACCAGCUAGAGAUCUCAGAAAGUGAACCUGAUGAAAGGUGCCCUACCCCAACUAUGGAUGAGGAACCAUAUCAGUACCUUACAUGUUAUGACCCCAGUAGUAGUAGUAGUAGUCCUUCCUUUAGUGGUAGUGAAACCUGCAAAAUCAAGACUCAGCAACAUCUUGGCAGAAGAUUAAAAUUUAUAAAGGAUGAGAUGCCAUUUGAUCGAAAACUCAAAUCUGCAGUUGGCAGUGAUCCCAGCCCUCAACUUGGUCUUCGUCCUGAUCUUGAACUAAGAACUCUAAGAGUUCUACAAAGUAUAGGCAAAUUCCUCUCCCAGUCAGGCCACCCUGACAAAUCCAGCCAGAUUAAAACUGUCGAUACAGAACACUCUCUUGAUCAGAAAGAUAAACAUCAGGACAUGUCCACUGGACAUAAUUAUUGUCACCCCCACACAUCUUUUUCUUCUACUGAGUUAAUGCAAGCCAUUACACCAAAUGUUGACCAAGAUGGAUCUAAAACAACAUUACAAACCAAUUUAGGUCAUGAGUCACGUUCAAACAGUCAACGCCCUAUCAUGGCUGUGAAACCAUCUAAGAGUGACGAAAUACACACCCCUUUAGUCACAUACAUCCCUCCAACUUCCAUGCUGUUUGAGAUCAAGACAGAAAGAAACUCUGAAGGAUUUAAUGAUGAUAUGCAGGUGGCCAGUGAGCAUUCUUCUAAGGUCAGUUGUUUAGCAAAUCUUUGGGACAGUAAGUCUAACUCAAAUAUAGCUCAAUUCCAUCAAUACCAAGGAAGGGACCCUUCAAUACUCAAGCAGAGUCCAUCAUCUCUUCCCUUUCAGUCUUUUGAAUCUGCAAAAACCUUCUCUGAACUUGUUGAUGGAAACCAAUGUUUCUUGACAAACAGUUUAGCUGAAAAAGCUGUGCAAACAACUAACAAGAGCAUUGAGAUGGAUCAGAAAGGCUGCUCAGAUGCAUCGACUUCAGUUACAAAUUACAAGGAUGAUGGCGUAAUGAAUGACAGUCUCUUCCUGGGACCUCAAAGUUCAAUCACAUGCACAGUUUUUAACACCAGCAGGAAGAGACCAGUUUCAUUUCUGGAGCAGCUUUCUCAGAGGUGUCUACAAGAAGACCUUACUCUGGCAUCAAUGGAACAAGAGUGCCUUAUCUUCUCAGAACAAAUGAAACAACUUUUGAAAAGGAGUAACAGGGGACCCAUCCAACAGCUGGAUGCAGAUGACAGACUGAAUGUGCCUUGCUCCAGUCCUGUGACUGUGCACUUUUCCAAUCUAGAGGAAGAGGAGGAUUCAUUGGAUUACUUGGACGCACCUUCACUUGUGGGACAGAAAAUUGAGGUAGACAUGUCUAACAAGACAGACCUGGCAGAGGAAGAAAAUACUUUGCAUACUCAAAAAUCAUCUCACAGAACAGGCAACCCAAUGGAGCAUGCUGGAGUUUCAAAUGUGACUGCAGAAUGUGCCAGACUGUACAAGGAAAUUAUGAAUGAUGUUUGUGCUGUCAAAACUACUAGACCGAAACACUUCACAUUGGAUAGAGGUUACCCAAAGACUGAACCAAGUAACCAUUUUGACUUCUGUGAUCAAAUGAAGAGAGACAUGGAUGAGAGUUUUCGAAGUAGUCUGAAUUCUCUUGUGAAGAAAUCCUGUAAAACGAAGUACAGAUUCUACAUAUUAAUGACAUCAGAUGACACCUUCUUUGAUGAAACCAAGGCACAGUUGGAGGCAGAGGGACAUACUGCUGUACAGCCAUCAGAGUUCUUCCUUGAUGAGGGUAGUACACCAUCUCUCCUCAUCAUCAUCAGGAAUGAAGACAUUGCAGAGCACAUUUGUGAGGUACCACACUUGCUCGAGCUGAAGAAGUCACCAGGUGUGCAGUUUGCAGGAAUUGAUGAACCAGAUGAUGUUGUGAACCUCACCCAUCAGGAGCUCUUCAUGAGGGGUGGUUUUGUAAUGUUUGACAGAGCGGCACUGGAGUCCCUCAGCCUUUGCAACAUGAAACAAAUAUCAGAAAUCUUGCAAGAGCUGAGCAGAACGGGGAAGUGGAAAUGGAUGUUGCACUACAGAGACAGCCGUCGAAUGAAAGAAAAUGCAAGGUUGAGUACAGAGGCAAAAGAGAAGACCAAGUUCCUAAACUGGUGCCAAGAAAUGGGAAUAUUGGAGGUCUUGCCUUACCAUGAGUGUGACCUCAUGUCAAGAGAUCAGCCUGACUAUCUCACAUGUUUGGUCCGUCUGCAGGUCCAGAAUAUAUCAGCCCGCUACCCUGUUUUUAUAACUGAUACUACAACAGACAGCGGAUUUGGAACAAAUGGAAUUUUAACACUGACUUUCAGCUCCUUCUUGACAAGCAAAACAUUUGCAGUCUUACCUUAAAUCGUAACUUGGACAAACUUAAGUUUUGCUCCAAGUACCCGACCAUCAAAAACUCACUGGAUGUGAGGUGACAUCAGAAAUAAACCAUUAAUGGUGAUUUCAAACAUAUAUUUUAUUUUACUGAAUCACAUUUCUUCAGUUUUUUUGUAUCCUUUUGUUUUUGUUGAUGUUGUUCAGUUGGAGACUACGUUAUCAUUCAGUUAAUGGAUAGAGACACAAUAAUGCCAAUAUGCAGGCAUGUAUAAUGUAAAUAUUGUAUGCAUUUUGUAAUGUAUUUUAUUUUUAUUGUAAAUUGUAUUGUAAACUUGUUAAAAGCUGAUUAUUACAUUCUGUAUAUUCUGUUUUACAGUCCUGACAUACAUUUGCAGAACAGUCAUUAGUAUUUGAUUUAAUGAUUACUUGUGUUUGAAAAGGCGGUUCAAAGAUUUUUUUGUAGGUAUAAAUUGAUUUUAGUACUUUAUACAAGCCUUGCAACAAAGCUAAAAUAGGCUGUUUUCGAGCAGUGCUUAUUUUACGUAUUUAAGUAGACUAAUGUACACUGUUAUGUUAGCAAACGGUGAGUCUUAACUCUUGAAUGUUGAAUUGUUUAAGCAGAACAAUUUAACUACGUGCUACAUGUGUAUUUUCAUAACAUAUGACUGAGAAUAAAGAGGUAUAUUUCAUUGUUUUGCUUUAAAAAAAUCAUCCAUGAUGAUUAUAGAAUCUGCACUUUGAUUCUUGACUACUCACAUUACAUUGUGUUCAUAGACACAGAUAAUCCAUAUAAGAUGGCAUACACCCAUGGCAUUGUUUACAAUAAAAGGAUGACUUGAACUUC